UCAGCAGCAGCAGCAGCAGCAGAAGAAGAAACAGAACCCCAGCAGCACAUCACAGGAGGAAGAGAUGGCUAACAGUAACUUCUCUGUGAUUAAUUUGACUUUUUUGCUCUUGUCGGUGCUGAUUUCGGCGUCAGUCCCGGCUCAUGCUUCUCCUGAACGGACGAAAACGGUGGAGUUCAACGUUAAACCGGGAGGAGUGGUGCACACUUUCACUGAGAGGAUUGGGGAAUAUGGAUGUACGUUCACUUACGCCUCACAAGGGGGAACCAACGAGCAAUGGCUGAUGAGUGUCGGACUGAGUGAUGACGACAGACUGUUCUCCUGCUCAGUGUGGAGGCCUCAGGGGAAAUCAUACCUGUUCUUCACUCAGUUCAAAGCCGAACUGAAGGGAACCAAAAUUGAAUACGCCAACGCAUACUCGCAGACGGCAGCAGCAGGCCACACUGACGUGCCUUUGAAACCGGAGGAAUUUACCGUCGGAGAAUCAACAGUGACCCAAAACGACGGAAAGUUCAGCGCUCAGCUCUCCAAACUGACCUGCAUCGGACGGACGCGACACGACGAGCUGUAAGCGGGCGGAAGACUCGGCUCUGACCAAUCAGAGCGCCUCGUUGGGCGGCUAUGGAGUCGAUGAAGGAUGAGGCCGAAAAAUAAAAGUAGGAUCCUACCGAUGAUCCGUCGGUACAUUAAUUACCUGCUGUUUUCUUAUUGUACCCGGACUGAAAGAAUAAAACAGACAGAGAAUCCAGAUUUUUGUCCUAGUUCUGAUUCUGCCCUGAGACAAAGUGCGUCCAUAGUUAGUUUCUGAGGCUGUAAGGUUUACGGAGAAUAAUUGUGCUCUGAUAAGCCGUGUGAAUGUGAAUGUAUGGAGGAUUGGUGUCUGGGGGCUGCUUGGGUAUAGAUAACAUAUUUAGACUAGGUGGGGGAUUUAUCCAUCUUGUGUAAUCCUGGGAGGAAAGUGAGUAAUCCUCAAUAACGUCACCGAAUGCACAUAAACAAGAACAUCUUCCUCAUUCUGCUCCGAGCUCAAAGAAGCGCCUCGGUCUGUCUUUCUAUUUAUCUGUUCCACAUAAAACUGUAAAGAAAAAAAACAAGUUUGAACCCCUCGAUCACUAAAAUCAGAAAAUUGAGUCUUGUGCUUGUUUUAGGCCAGAAGCUGUGACUGUAAUGGAGCAAAUAAAAGCUUCUUAAUGUGAAGUUAACCCUCGUGUCGUCCUGUGGGUCAGAUUGACCCUUUCUAGUUCAAGUGUGAAAAUGUGUUAAAAAAUAUAUAUAUUUUCACAGUGAAACUUCUGAUGUCCACAUUUUCAACAUUUUUGGGACAUUUUUUAAUAUUUUUUGGUGGAUAAAAGCAAAUGUUAAAAAUGUUUCUGAAGAACAUUCACAUAAAAAUCAACCAAAAUCCAGCGAAUUUCGCUGGAUUUUGGUUGAUCUUUAUGUGAAUGUUCUUAAAGAAAAUAUUAGAAGUUUUGCUGAUAUAUAUGGAAUUACUUUAGAUAUUUUUAGGAUUUUUUUUGGAAGAUUUUUGCAAAUUUUUUGAAAAUAUUUACAAGAAUUUUCUUGCCAAAUUUGGGGGAUUUUUUUCAAAAUAAAGCUUUUCAGGGAAUCUUUUAAGGACUUAUUAGAAUUUUCUUCCUGAAGGUUUUGCAAAUUUUCAGAAAUUUGGGGAAUUUUUUUGCAGAUUUUUUGUAUUCUUUUCAGACAAGGAAACAACAUUUUUUGGUGCCCGUAAAUGAGGACAACAGGAGGGUUAAGCUAUAUUUUACCAGGAUUGUCAAGCUUAGGUGUCUUAAAAUAAGCCAGACAUGCUAAAAAAUAGUAAUUUUUCACUCAAAAAUAGAUUUUUGCUUUCAUGUAACCUCCUAAUUUGAGAUGUAUUAAACUUGUUUUGAGUUUUCUUGUAAAAUACAACUCAAAACAAGAUAAUUUAAAGAUUGUUUGACUUAACAAGAUAUUUAAGAUGCAGUGUCUUAAAACAAGUCCCUCCAUCUGCUGAAAUGUCACUUGUUCAGUGAAUUUAUCUUAAAUCCAGUGUGAUGAGACAUUUUGUCUAAAAAUAAGACAAAUAGACUUGGUAGGAUUUAGAGUCCACACAGGACGAGUUUUGAGGGAUCGAUUUUGCAGAUUUGAGGAUUUUUGCUUAUUUGAUUCUCUGUUUUUUGUGUACCUUUUGGUUGCUCACAUCCGUCUGGAUCCUCUGGCAUCGAGGAAAUGCUUCCUUUUGUCCCAUUGUCAUCAGCCAAGUGUGGAAAUAAUCACAUCCAGAUCCUGAACCGGGAUAGAAAACAAAACGCAACAACACGAUGUUACUGAUUUUUGUUCUCUCUUUUUCUACUCUGAUGAUGAAAUGUGUUUGAAUAAAGCCGUGCUGCUGUCACUCUU